AUGAUCAAUAGUAAAUAUGAAAAUUUGAAAAAGUAUGAUUUAAAUUUACUUAAAAAUGAAAUAUUUAAAAAAGAAAAAAAAGAAAAAAAUGAUUUAAAGAACAUUUUAUUUUUUCCAUCUUUAUUCUGGUAUAAUGGAAAAUUUUGUCCACCUAUGCCUUUAAUCAAAUAUAAUGAAAAUAGUUAUAAUGUAGAAGAUUAUAUAAUAUGCUCAAUACAUAAACAUAGUGUAAUUAUAAAGAAAAUAUUAAAAAAUGAAAUAAUAAAAGUAAGUAUGUUUAAUGAUGAAAAAGUUUUAUCAUGCUUGUUUUAUAUUAAUAUAAGUUACAUACUCAAAUUGGUAAAUGCCUACACACGUUUUUUUUCAAUAUCUUCUUUACUAAAUGAGGGAAGAAAAUCAAAAGCUGAUGAAAAAUGUAAACAUGAAGAAGGCAUAGAAAGGAAAAACAAAAACAAUGAGAUAGAACAGUGUGAGGAAAAUGAAAACAUGACAUACCUAUUAUAUUUAUACAAUGAAAAAAAUGAAAUACAUUUAUUUAAUAUGGACAAAAAAUACUCUAUUUUAAAAAUACAAGAAAAUAAAAAGAUUAACUGUUUUAAUUUUAAUUAUAUAUAUAUAAAUAAAAAAAAUAGUUUAUAUAACAAAAUGGCAAAUGAUAUAUACGAAAACGACAUUAAAACAAUUGACUUAAAUUGUGUAGACAAUAAAUUAGCUAUGAAAAAUAAAUAUUGCUUUGAAUUGGCACAGGAAAAAUGUGCACACCAUUUAACACACAAAAAUUGUGACUAUAAUAAUGGACUAAAUCUUUUAAAAAAACUUUUUUAUGUUUUAAUAUAUGGUGAUAAUGAAGGAAAUAUUUAUUUUUUUUUACCUGAGAAAAAAAUUAAAUUAAAAAAAAAUAUAAGAAAAGAAAUUGUGGAUAUUAAUUUUAUUGAAACAAAUGUAAAAGAAUAUUUCAAUGUAAAAAAUAAAUAUGACCUAUUUAAUUUGAUCAAAAAUAAUUACUAUAUUUUUAUUGGAUAUAAAGAUUGUAUUUAUAUACUUAAUUUUUAUAUUUAUGAAAUAUAUUUUAUUAUUGAUUUAAUAAAGGAAGAUAAAAUUUAUUCAUUUAGCUCAAAAUUUAAUGAAGAUUUUGAAAAUUAUAUAUCCUUUUCUACAAAAAAAUAUGUCAAAAUUUUUAAUGCCAAUAAGAAAGAGGAAUUAGACAAUGUGAGCAUAAACCCUGGUGACAUAAAGUCAGUCAAAAAUAACAACAGUCUUGAUGUAGACAAUGUGGAAAUUAAUAAAUUGGAAGACGACACCUCAUUAAAUAUUCUCAAAACAGAAAAGGACAAAAAAAACAAAAUAGGGACAAAUAAAGAAGAGAAAGAAUUAAAAUAUCAUAUUUGUAUAUCUUUUGAUUCAAAAAAUAAUUUAUAUAUAUCAAGUGAUAUAGGAAUAAUAUAUAUAUAUAAUUUAAAAGAAAAAAAGGUUAUGAAAUCAUUAAACAUUUUUUGCAAACGGAUUUUUUAUUUAUUUCAAUUUAUACUAGAUAAUAAAGAAUAUAUAUAUGCAUAUGACUCUGAAAAGUUUUAUUUUUUAUAUGAUACAGAUAAUAAUAAAAUCAUUUAUAAAAAGUUUACUAUAAGUGCUUGGAUAUAUAAUAUUUUAUGUUUUAAUAAUAAUAUAUUUUUCUCUCUAGGAAAUGAAAAUAUAUAUAACUUACAAACAACAAAUUAUGAAGAUAUAUUUAUAAAAAAUAUUUAUUAUGAAAAUAUAAAUAUUUGUAUAUAUCUAGUUAAUCAUCCUUUUUUGUCUAUUAUAUCAUUUAUUAACAAAAAGUCACAAUUUGGAUUUUUCUUUUUUCAUAAUGAUGAUAAAAAAAAAAAAAAAAUAUCUAUUCCCUCUAUAAAUGAAAAUAAAAAUGUUUUAUCUAUAUGUUGGUUUCAAAAGAAAAGACAUCCUUUAUCAUUACCACUGAUAAUAGAAAAUAAUAAAUUAUCCAAUAACUUAAGUUUUGAUAAAAAUAACAAACUUGAAAAUGAUGAAGAAUCCCUUAGCCCUUAUUUAUCACAUCAUGAUGAUACUACUGUACAUAAACUUUGCAAUAAUUUAAUAACAGACCCUAUACAAAACUUUGAAGAAACAACACAAGGAUCAAAAAAGAAACGAAAAAAAAAAAACUAUUCCGAAAUUAAUAAUUAUGACAAUUGUGAUAAUCAUAUUGUUGUAUUAACUGAUAAUUCAUUAUAUUUGUAUAACAUACUAAACAAACAAAUAAAACAAUUAAAUAAUAAUUUGUUAAACAACUUAUUCGCUUUUAAAGAAAGAAAAAAAUAUAUAGCCUCAACUAUACUAAAUAAUAUGUGCUAUGUUUUUAUUUUAUAUGAUAAAAAUUUACUUAUAUUUGAUGAAAAUUUUAUUUUUACAAGUUAUAUAAUAAAAAUAAAUGAAAAAAUUAAUAAAAUGUAUAUAAGGAAUAAUAUUAUAUUUAUACAUUCAAAUAGCAAUGUCUAUUUUUCUUAUGUACAUGUAAUAAUUAAUAAAUCCUCCAUAGAAUCCAAUAAAAUGACCAAUACUCAAAAUGAUACAAAUUGUGAUAAUAAUAAAGAUAUAUUAGAAAAUAGAGAAUUAUAUUUUAUCAAAUUAAAAUUAACAAAUAGUUUUAAAAUUAUUUUGUUCGAUUUUUAUAAUAUAGGCGACUAUAUUUAUGUUGCCAUUUUUUCAAAAAAAAAGACAAUUUCUAUAUACAAAAUAGAUAUGAAGAAUGUUUAUAUAAAUAACAACACACACGAAAACAAUAUUAAUAAUAAACAUAAUGAAAUAAUAUCCAAAGAAAAUGACAUUAUAUUAGAACAAAAUUCGCAAAUUGAAGGUGAAUUAAUUGCUCAAUUUUUUAAUUUUUAUAUUUUUGAUCAUAUAAAUAAAAUUGGAAGUAUUAUAUCCAUGAAAUUUUUUUAUAAUUCUAUAAAACAAAAAAUAUAUCUUGUUUUUGGAGGUCUUGAGCAGUUUCUUUUUUUGUGGAAUUUUUUGAAGUAUCCUCUUGUUAGGAAAGAACCAAAGGAUUAG